AUGAAGAAAUCACGUGGCCAUAAGUCAGACCACGGAAAAGGAGGAAGAGGCGAUGAGCUAGCCAUCUUGGAGACAGAGGACCUGGACUUCAUGGGAGGGGAAGGGGGUCCUGACCCCGACACCAUCUCCCUGGCCUCAGUCACAGCCGUCACCACUAAUGUCUCCAACAAGAGAUCAAAACCAGACAUUAAGAUGGAACCUAGUGCCGGGAGACCAAUGGAUUUCCAAGUUAGUGUUACCGUCAUAGAGGCCAGGCAGCUAGUAGGGCUGAACAUGGAUCCAGUGGUCUGUGUGGAGAUCGGAGACGAUAAGAAGUACACUCAGAUGAAGGAGUCGACAAACUGCCCAUACUACAAUGAGUAUUUUGUCUUUGACUUCCACGUCCCACCUGAUGUUAUGUUUGACAAGAUCCUGAAGCUGUCGGUAAUCCACUCCAAGAACCUCCUGCGUAGUGGGACUCUGGUUGGCUCUUUCAAACUGGAUGUAGGCACCGUCUACUCGCAUCCAGAACACCAGUUUUCCCACAAAUGGGCCCUUCUCUCUGACCCUGAUGACAUCACUGCCGGGUGCAAAGGUUACAUUAAAUGUGACAUCGCCGUCGUGGGGAAAGGAGACAACAUCAAGACUCCACACAAGGCCACCGAAACCGAUGAAGAUGACGUAGAAGGUAACCUCCUGUUACCUGAGGGGGUUCCCGCAGAGCGUCAGUGGGCUCGCUACUAUGUGAAGAUCUACAGAGCUGAGGGCCUUCCCAAGAUGAACACCAGCAUUAUGGCUAAUGUCAAGAAGGCUUUCAUUGGGGAGAACAAGGACCUUGUGGACCCUUAUGUACAAAUACUCUUCGCUGGCCAGAGGGGGAAAACGUCUAUCCAGAAGAGCAGCUACGAGCCAAUCUGGAACGAGCAGAUCGUCUUCACUGAGAUGUUUCCACCGCUCUGCAAACGCAUGAAGGUCCAGAUCCGAGACUCGGACAAAGUGAACGACGUGGCCCUCGGAACACACUUCAUUGACCUGAGAAAGAUCGCCAAUGAUGGAGACAAAGGCUUCCUUCCCACCCUGGGUCCGGCUUGGGUGAACAUGUAUGGCUCCACUCGUAGCUACACCAUCAUGGACGAGCACCAGGACCUGAACGAGGGUCUGGGGGAGGGGGUGUCCUUCAGAGCCCGCCUGCUGGUCAGCCUGGGUGUGGAGAUCCUGGACACCUCCUCCCCGGAUAUCAUGAGCUCCACCGAGGUGCAGGUGGAGGGGGUGCCUAACAUCUCAGAGAGCGCCACAGGGAAAGUAGAGGAGUUCUUCCUCUUCGGGGUGUUCCUGGAGGCCACCAUGAUUGACAGGAAGAUCGGGGACAAACCAAUCAGCUUCGAGGUUACGAUAGGUAACUAUGGGAGCGAAAUUGACGGCGUGACCAAACCCAAGUCGGGUAGCGGGAAGAGGAGUGGGGGAGACGGAGAUGAAGAGGAGUCAGAGCUGAUCCAAGGCUCCAGUGAUGAAGAGGAGGGAGAUGAUAAUGACCUGGUCUCCGUGUCCUCCACCCCGCCCAUGAAACCGAUCAUCACCGACAGAAACUAUUUCCACCUGCCUUACUUUGAGAGGAAGCCGUGUAUUUAUAUCAAGAGCUGGUGGCAGGACCAGAGAAGAAGACUGUACAAUGCCAACAUCAUGGACAACAUCGCAGAUAAACUGGAGGAGGGUCUGAACGAUGUUCAGGAGGUCAUUAAGACAGAGAAGGCCUAUCCGGAACGCAGACUGAGAGGGGUCCUGGAGGAUCUCGGCAACGGAUGCAGUCAAUUUCUGACUCUGGCUAACAAAGACCAGAAUCAGACUGGGAGGACCAAGCUGGACAAGGAGAGACUCAAGUCCUGCAUGAGGGAACUGGAGAGCAUAGGUCAGCAGGCUAAGACCAUCAGGACGCAGGUGAAGAAGAACACAGUGAGAGAUAAGAUCAAGCUGGUUCAGAACUUCCUCCAGAAGCUCAGGUUUCUAGCUGAUGAGCCGCAGCACAGCAUCCCGGACGUCUACAUCUGGAUGAUGAGUAACAACAAGCGUAUUGCCUACGCCCGUGUCCCCUCCAAAGACAUCCUGUACUCCGGGGUGGACGAGGAGACCGGGAAGGACUGUGGCAAAGUCAAAACCAUCUUCUUCAAGCUACCUGGUAAGAAGGGCUUUGGGGCAGCUGGCUGGACAGUGCAGGCUAAGACAGAGAUCUACCUGUGGCUGGGUCUGAACCGUCAGAGGAAGGACUUCCUGUCUGGGCUGCCCAACGGCUUCGAAGAGAACAAGAUGCUGAAAGGACCUGGCUCGCAGUCUGCUCCCCCCAUCAGCCUCACAUACACGAUGAAGCAGAUCUUCCAGCUGAGGGUCCAUAUGUACCAGGCUCGCAGCCUGUUUGCAGCAGACAGCAGCGGCCUCUCAGACCCCUUCGCCAGGGUCUUCUUCUCCACACACAGCCAGGUCACAGAGGUGCUGAAUGAGACACUGUGCCCCACCUGGGACCAGCUGAUGGUGUAUGACAACGUAGAACUGUUCGGAGAAGUCGGAGAACUGAGGGAUGACCCGCCUAUCAUCGUCAUAGAAAUCUAUGACCAGGACACGGUGGGCAAAGCAGAGUUCAUGGGCAGGACCUUCGCCAAGCCUAUAACCAAGAUGGCGGAUGAACACUACGGACCUCCACGUUUCCCUCCCCAACUAGAGUACUACCAGAUCUAUAGGGGGAACUGCGCCGCUGGAGAAAUGCUGGCGGCCUUCGAACUGCUGCAGAUUGGUCCUCAUGGUAAAGCUGACCUGCCGCCCAUCGACGGUCCCACAGACAUGGACCGUGGUCCCAUCCUACCUGUCCCUCUGGGCAUCAGACCAGUCCUCAGCAAGUACAGGAUCGAGGUGCUGUUCUGGGGCCUGAGGGACCUGAAGAGGGUCAACCUAGUCGCGGUGGACAGGCCUCGUGUGGACAUAGAAUGUGCCGGUAAAGGAGUCCAGUCUUCCCUCAUCCAGAACUACAAGAAAAAUCCCAACUUCGGCACCCUGGUUAAGAUGUUUGAGGUGGAUUUGCCUGAGAACGAGCUGCUCCACCCUCCCCUGAACAUCCGGGUGGUGGACUGCAGAGCUUUCGGUCGUUACACCCUGGUGGGGAACCAUGCUGUCACCACCCUACGCAAGUUCAUUUACCGGGCAGCAGACAAGCACGCCAACAACUUGAACACUCAAGAGGAGAUCAUUGUCAACUAUGAGCCAGAGCCCACCGUCAAGAAGUUGGAGACCAUGGUCAAGCUGGACUCUGGGUCUGAUGCUGUGGUUAAAAUCGAGGUCGGUGAGGAUGAGAAAGGAGGGAAGAAGAAGAAAAGGAAGAAGGGAGGAGAUGAGGUGGAGGAGGAGAAGUUUGAUGAAAGCAUGUUGGAUUGGUGGUCCAAGUACUUUGCCUCGAUCGAAACUCUGAUGGAGAUUCUCAAGGCUCAGGAGGCAGCUAUGGCGGAUGCUGAGGAGAAAGAGGACCAGGAUAUUGCUGCUGUGGGCGGAGAGAUCAAACCUGAUGACUCUCUUGUCAAAGGAAAGAGAGGCAAGGGAAAAAAGGAGAAGAAGAGGGCUGGGCCUGAAGACAUACCAGAGAAGAAAAAGCACAACAUUGAUGAGCUACAGGUGUACCCCAAGGAGCUGGAGAAUGAGUUUGAUAACUUUGAAGACUGGCUUCACACCUUCAACCUGUUCAGAGGGAAGGCCGGGGACGACGACGACCAGAACAUGGCGGAUGAAGACAGGAUUAUUGGCAAAUUCAAAGGUUCUCUGUGCAUGUACAAAGUGCCGGUGUCAGAUGAGAUGCAGCGGGAGAUGGGCUUUGACUCCAACAUGGGCAUGUUCCAGAACAUUCCAACUAAUGACCCAAUCAACGUCCUAGUCCGGGUCUAUAUCAUCAGGGCUACUGACCUGCACCCAGCGGAUAUCAAUGGAAAAGCAGAUCCCUACGUCGCUAUCAAACUGGGCAAGUCAGAUGUCAAAGACAAAGAUAACUACAUCUCCAAACAACUCAACCCUAUCUUUGGCAAAUCCUUUGACAUCGAGGCCACAUUUCCCAUCGACUCCACACUAACAGUGUCCGUCUAUGACUGGGAUUUAGUGGGCACUGACGACCUGAUUGGGGAGACUAAACUGGAUCUGGAGAACCGUUACUACAGCAAACACAGAGCAAUAUGUGGCAUCCCAUCUAAAUAUGCCAUCCAUGGCUACAACGUGUGGCGGGACCCCCUGAAGCCGACCCAAAUCCUGGCCAAGCUGUGUAAGGAGGGUAAGCUGGACGGGCCACACUACGGCCCUGGAGGACGGGUCAAGGUGGCCAACCGGGUCUUCAUGGGCCCAACUGAGAUCGAAGAUGAAAAUGGUCUGAAGAAGCAGACAAAUGAGCACCUGGCUCUGACAGUGCUAAAGCACUGGGAGGACAUCCCCAGGGUGGGCUGUAAACUGAUUCCAGAACAUGUGGAGACCAGGCCACUCCUCAAUCCUGACAAGCCUGGGAUCGAACAGGGGAGGAUUGAGAUGUGGGUGGACAUGUUCCCCAAGGAUAUGCCUGCACCUGGACCUGCCAUUGAUAUUUCACCCAGGAAACCAAAGAAGUUUGAACUGAGGGUGAUCAUCUGGAACACAGACGAGGUCAUUCUGGAGGAUGAUGACAUCUUCACUGGAGAAAAGUCCAGUGAUAUCUUCGUUCGAGGCUGGCUGAAAGGUCAGCAGGAGGACAAGCAGGACACAGACGUCCACUACCACUCCCUGACAGGGGAGGGUCUCUUCAACUGGCGCUUCAUCUACCCCUUUGACUACUUGCAGGCCGAGGAGAAGAUCGUCAUCUCUAAGAAGGAGUCCAUGUUCGCCUGGGACGAGACUGAGUAUAAGAUCCCUGCUCGUCUCAACUUACAAGUCUGGGAUGCUGACCACUUCUCUGCAGAUGAUUUUUUAGGUGCCAUUGAGCUAGACCUGAACCGUUUCCCUCGUGGAGCGAAGACAGCCAAGCAGUGUUCCAUCAACAUGGUGCUGAAUGAAAAGGAUAUUCCCAUGGUGUCCAUCUUCAAACAGAUGAGGAUCAAGGGCUGGUGGCCCUUCCUGGCCAGAGAUGAGAACGACGAGUUUGAACUCACGGGGAAAGUGGAAGCCGAGCUGCAGCUGAUGACUGCAGAGGAGGCUGAGAAGAACCCAGUGGGGGAAGGACGCAAUGAACCUGAGCCCCUGGAGAAACCCAACCGUCCAGACACAGCCUUCCUAUGGUUCCUCAUGCCUUUCAAAGCCAUCAAAAACCUCAUCUGCAACCAGUACUUCUGGCUCACGGUCAAGUUAGUGGUGGCCCUGCUGCUGGUGCUCGUCCUGGGCCUCUUCAUCUACAGCAUGCCUGGAUACAUGGCCAAGAAACUAAUGGGUGUCUGAGGAGUGGAAAUGAUUCAAUGGGAUAGUUCAACGAUUUAACAUGUAUUUAGAUAUUUGUUGCCUUACCUUGAAAGAAGUUGACAUGGUGGGACUGCAAUAUCCACUUUGGUUUUGUUUAACUUGCCACUGCAAACAAGGCGAACUAUACCUUUAAGAAAAGACGACUCAACAACUUAUCAACUCCGUGCUAUAUUCCAGGACGUGUUUUCCCUAACAAGCGUCUCCUCUUCUCGUGGAGUCACAUGUUUUUGCCACGUGACAAGACAAUCGCACACACACACACACACACACACACACACACACACCAUGUAUCGGAAAUGAAAGUAACACAACCACGUCCAAGUAGAAAUAUAAUAUAAGAACUCAGAUUGAUGAUGUAUUAUAUAUUACACGUCCCUUUCAAGGACCAGUUCAACCACAUAAAGUAGAAAACAUUUGUAAUAUUGUGGUGUUGCGGAACACUUCAAUGUACAAAAUCAACUGUUCGGUUUGCAAAUCAGAUUUUGUCCUCGCUUGAAGUCACGUUGUAUUAGCCUUCGUUUGGCAUGGAAUGACUGUUCUUCGGCUGUUUACAUGAAUGUGUAUUUGAAUGUCUUUGUUCAACAGCGUGCAGCAAGUAGCACAUUAUGUAUGCUCUGUUGUUUGUGAAUACACUGGCAAGGACAAUAACUGAUCCUGUUUUCUUUGUCACUCCAUACGUUUGAAUCCAAUACAUCAGAAUCCAAUACAAUCUCAAGUGUUUUCAAAUAUAUCUUAGUAAGAAAUUAUGCAUCAAUAUUAUGUAUCAACAUUUCAACUAAAAAUGUCUUAUAUUUAGUCAGGAUCUUCAUUAGAUUAUUAUAAGACACUAAGGUGUCAUACAUGCUUAUGUCAGGUCUUACAAUGCGUUAUAACCCACUGUACCACAAACUAUUCUACUGCCAUGAACUUUACUGCAGUCAAGCGGUAACCAAGCAACCGUAUUUUCUCUCCUCCAGCCGUCCAGACACAGCCUUCCUAUGGUUCCUCAUGCCUUUCAAAGCCAUCAAAAACCUCAUCUGCAACCAGUACUUCUGGCUCACGGUCAAGUUAGUGGUGGCCCUGCUGCUGGUGCUCGUCCUGGGACUCUUCAUCUACAGCAUGCCUGGAUACAUGGCCAAGAAACUAAUGGGUGUCUGAGAGAGAGGGUUGUGUCCUUUGCCCAAAAUCAUAGCCAGACAUAUGUAUAGCCUACCAUGUAUAGCCUACCAUGUUUUAAAUGCCGUGCCUACUUUGUCUUCAGUGGAGUACAUUUUUUGGUGUACCUUGAUAAGCAAACAUUGUACAAUGCAGCUCAUUGAGACUCCACUUGAUGUCUGAGAGGGUGUUCUUGUCUGUAAAGGUCUAUGAUAUCAAUAGGCAGUUAGGUUUCAGCCCUACACACCAGACCCAGGUUCAAAUACUAUUUAAAAUCAUUUCAAAAUUCUUUGCUUGUCUUCAAGGACCAAUAAAAUAGUCAAACUCUAAAUCCCACCCAUCUGUUGCUCUAGGUAUUAUUUGAUAGAUUUUAUAUAGUAUUUUAACCCAAAUCUGCUACACAUAGACCUAUGUAUGUAUAACCUACUAUGAUUUCAGUGGAGGGCAUUAUUUGGUGUGCCUUGAUAGGCAAACACGGCACUGUGCAGUCCCUUAUGGCUACUGGAAAAAUGUUUGACUUCCUUCACCUGUCCUAUGCUCUGCAGCCAAUUUGUGUGUGUUGAUGUGUAUUUAGGCCUACUUCCAAAAGUUAUAGAGUUGACAUGAUACUGUAUUUUAGUUGUAACACAGUUUUAAUUUACUGGCCACGGAAUAUUACACUAGCUGCCAUGAGCAUGUCCAAUUCACUUCCAAUGAUCUUAGCUUUAUUUUAUUGCAAACGUAAUUAUUUGAAUUGACAAUACUGUAUUGAAUUAAGAAGUU